GACUCAGCCACGACAGCGCGUCACAGCCGGCCACGCAGCAAUUCUGGGAUAGCAUUCGAGAGAGGCAGAGGAAGGUGUGUGUCUACGGCGGCGCUUUAUAAUACACGAUGUUUAACGAAGACGAUGCCGAUGCCGGGAAGGAAACAGACGGAUCCAUGUCCAUGCAGUCUGAAUCGGUUCGAGAUUUGGCGGUAGAACUAUAUAAAAUUGUCACGGAAUACUACGCUGAAGAUAGGGAGUCCACCGCAGCGUUGCCAUGGAGCCAGGCUGCGUUCACUCUGAUGGCCAUCAUAUUUGCAGCGGUCUUUGUCCCUCUUUUUAAAAUCACAGCUUCUAUUUUCCUGGCUGCUGCCUUCCGGGCUACUUCGUUUCUCAUAUUUAGUCCGGCUGCCAUGGCGAAGAUCGUGGGCAGCGAAGGAUACCUGUAUUACGCGCAGAUCCUCGUGAGACACUACGUAGGAUUCGGUCCCUUCUUCACCCUCUUCACGAAUCCUUUAGAUGCGAUUCCGAAGCUCCUGAAUCUCUAAGGAUGGAAGGAUGGAAGGACUGAAAUAGAAGGAUAAGAAGGAACGAGAAAGAGAGAGAGGAAGAGGGAGGAAAGAAAAGGAAGAAGGGGGGUAAGGAUAAGGAAGAGGAUGAAGUGUUUAGGAGAAUUGUUUUUUUUUUUUUUGCUAUUUUGUUAUUGUUUCAUUUUAUCACCCGUUCACUUGAUUUUGUUCUUUUUCCAGUUUUUUUUUGUUUUCUUUCCUCUUUAACAUAUAUAUAUAUUUUAAAAAUGAAUAUUUCUUUUGCUUUUCUUUAUUACGUUAUUCCUCUAACGUUAUUUUCAUUCUCUUCGCAUAACUAUAUUUAUUUUCUGCAAUUAUUUACGCCAUUUAAAUCUCAUUUUCAAAUUAUUUCGUUUCAUUUUCUCUGCACUUGCAUAUUCUUUUAAAUUUUUUGCUUUGCGUCAUAAUUUUUGUAAUUUUUGUUUUGUUCUUUGUUUUUUAUUCUUGUUUAGUUGUUCCUUCUUUCUCCUUAUUUAUUUAUUUUAAGCUUUUGUAGUAUACACCUUCCGCUACCUUGUAUUUUUUUUGUUUGUUUAAUCAGUUUCCAUUUUUUUUAUAGUCUCUCUUUCCAUGUGUUAUAGUAUAUGUACAAGGAAACUUUAUUUAUAAACUGAUAUCCCAG